AGUGGCGCGCCGCCUGGCCGCGUCAACGGAAGGAGUUUAGUGGUGCUGGCCGUGUUCUGUGCCAUUCAGUGCCAUUGUGCGCACUGCAGUUGUGGCAGUUGAAUUUGUGAAUGGUGACCGGUGUGUGAUAGCGGUAGCCUGUAUCGCGAAUACGGCGGUCAGUAUCAGCAGAGAAGAUGGCCACAACGACGACCACAACUACAACCACGACGAGCGAUGGGGCGAUCACGCGAGUGGAUGCUCACAGUGGCAACGAAACAAUGCUGCGAAAGGCAGUUCGUUCCGGCAAAGCCGGUUACAAAACCCUUGACGGACAGCCGUCGUCGUACAGUGCUGCCGAGCGCAAAAGCGCUGCGAAGCAAAGGAGCUGGCCAGUCGACAAUAAGCUACUCAGCAAAGAGUCGUUCGAGAGAGUGCCGUUCAUCACGGCAGCCUUCACCUACUUCGGGUUUUACGUGCUCAUGUUCUUAGGAUUCAUCAAUCAGCUGCUCUUCACCCCUAACGUGGCUAGAGAGCAGAGGAGAAAGGGCUACGCGCCGCUCUACGAGAAUUUCGAACAGUUUUAUUUGCGAUACGUGUACAGGAGGAUAAGAGAUUGCUGGAACAGGCCGAUCUGUUCGGUACCCGGGGCGCUGGUCACCCUCAAGGAUCGCGUAACCAAGGACCACGGUUGGACAUUUGAGUUCACCGGCACGACAACCCAGUGCGUCAAUCUCGGAUCGUACAAUUACUUGGGCUUCGCCGAGGCUACGGGUGCAUGCGCGGAAGACAGCAUAAAGGCUUUGAAGAGAUACGGCUGCGCCAACCCCAGCAGCCGACUAGAAUUAGGUAGCUUGCCCAUUCACGACGAAUUGGAACAACUGACCGCUAGAUUUUUCGGAGUGGAGGACGCAAUAGUAUUUGGAAUGGGAUUUGCCACCAAUGCCUUGAACCUGCCGUCUUUACUGUCCAAGGGAUGCCUUGUCGUGAGCGACGAGAAAAAUCACGCCUCUCUCAUUUUAGGAUUGCGCUUGUCGGGUGCGAUCACUCGAGUCUUUAAGCAUAACAGUAUGAAGCACCUAGAACAGUGUUUGAGAAAUGCCAUUUCAACGGGACAACCUGUCACUGGUGAGCCAUGGCGAAAAAUAGUGAUAGUUGUCGAAGGCAUUUACUCGAUGGAAGGGUCUAUUGUCAAUCUUCCAGAAAUUUUAACACUCAAGAAAAAGUAUAAGGCCUACCUUUAUCUAGACGAAGCACAUAGCACCGGGGCAAUGGGAAAACGUGGACGAGGAGUGUGUGACUACUAUGGAAUUGAUCCGCGGGAAGUUGAUAUUCUGAUGGGAACAUUUACCAAGAGUUUCGGCUCGGCCGGCGGCUACAUAGCAGGAUCAAAAGCACUGAUUAAUCAUUUAAGGAUUCAUAGUCACGCACACACUUAUGCUGCAUCUAUGUCACCUCCGAUUGCCCAACAAAUCAUCACCUCGAUGAGAAUAAUUGCUGGCGAGGAUGGCACUGAUGAUGGUAAAAAACGAACGAAGCAGCUGGCAAGAAAUACACGAUACUUUAGACGAUGCCUAAACCAAAUUGGUGUGAUUAUUUAUGGGAACGAGGAUUCGCCGGUAGUACCAAUGCUGGCAUACGUCUUCUCAAAAGUUAGUUGUGUUGUUCGAACUCUAACCACAAGAAACGUAGCUACAGUAGGUGUUGGCUUCCCUGCUACGCCAUUAAUGGAGGGAAGAAUAAGAUUUUGUUUAUCGGCAGCUCAUACAAAAGAACAACUAGAUUACGUGCUGAAAGAGAUUGCAGAUGUUACUGCUAGCCUAGGAAUGAGAUACUCAAAGAAGCCACGUGAUCAUAAUCCAAUCGAGUAUUAUUCUGACAGUGAAACGGAAUGACCUACCUCGUAACUUGAAAAAAAUCACAAUAGA